CUGUCAUUAUUUAUUUGAACGUCAACCUUGUGUACAUCUUCUAAAAACAAAAAUAACAUGUAAAUUAGUUGAAUAUAUAUAUUUUUUAAACAAAUCAAAAUGAGUUUAGGCACCCAUAACCAAUUUGGAAACGGAUUAUUAUUUGCGGGUUUUAAUCAGGACCAAAGUUGUUUUGCUUGUGCGACAAACUCGGGCUUUAGGAUUUAUAAUUGUGAGCCAUUAAGAGAAAAAGUCCGACAAGAUUUUAAUGAAGGAGGUCUUAGUUUUGUGGAAAUGUUAUUUAAAUGCAAUUAUAUUGCAGUGGUUGGGGGUGGUGAUAAACCCCUAUAUCCACCCAAUAGGGUGAUGAUCUGGGAUGACUUAAGCAAAACUACGCCCAUAUAUUUGGAAUUAAACGAUCCAGUUUUGGCAGUAAGACUAAGGAGAGAUAGAAUAGUAGUAGUACUGGAUGGUGUUAUUAAAGUAUAUACUUUCACACUAGCUCCAACACAAAUACAUGUGUUUGAAACAUGUAGCAAUCCUAAGGGUUUAUGUGUUUUAUGUCCGAAUAGUAAUAACUCAAUACUGGCAUUUCCUGGAAGAAGAACGGGAUAUGUUCAGUUAAUAGAUCUAGCCAAUACAGAAAAGCCUCCUUUAGACAUAGCCGCACAUGAAGCUCAUAUCAGUUGUAUUUCCUUAAAUUUACAAGGGACAAGAUUAGCCACAGCCAGUGAGAAGGGAACUCUUAUUCGUGUAUUUGACACAACCAGUGGAGAGAAAAUACAUGAACUGAGACGAGGAAGGAAUCAGGCCGUAAUCUAUUGCAUAAACUUUAACAAUUCAUCCACAUUACUUUGUGUCUCAUCAGACCAUGGUACCGUCCACGUUUUUGCAUUAGACGACCUUACCUUAAAUAAACAGUCCAGUUUAGCAAACGCUAUGGCUGCCUCUGUGGUUUUCCUUCCAAAAUAUUUUACUUCAAUCUGGUCGUUUUGUAAAUUCACCGUUCCUAAUGGGUCACCAUCAAUAUGCGCAUUUGGACAACAAGAUGAUGCUUCUAUUAUUGUGAUUUGUGCAGAUGGUUCCUACUACAAAUUCGUCUUCAACUUAAAGGGCGAGUGCGUCAGGGAAAAUUGCGUACAGUUUUUAGAAAUUACUGGCCAAACUAAUUGACACUGAGAAACUCAAGAGUAUAUGGAAGAGUUUUUCAAAUACAUAUUUUUAUCUUGAUUUUCACAGAUUUACUUCACUUUCGAAGAUUCACUAAAUUUUAGAUGUCGAUGGUAAAAAUAUAGUUUUUUUGUGUCAUACAACUAUUUCUUUUGCUCAGUCAAUAAUAGUAGGAUGAUAAGUGCUGUAAGACACAUUAUUUAAGUCUGAUUUAAAGGUUUAGUUUUAUGUAAAAAGUGUAUUUUUUUAUUUGAAGUUAUUAGUAGGUAUAUUUUUAAAUACUUGUAUUUUAAAGAUUUUUAAGUAGGUGACAGGUGGAUAGAAAAUUGAACUGAUAAAAUAAGUCCAUAAAACAAACACCAAAGACAUAAACAUAAUCAUUAUUUAACGAAAAAUAAUUAAUGAUGAUUGAAGCUAUAUUAUUUUUUUUAAUUGGUUUGAUAGGCAGUUAACAAAAUUAAGAGCUCGUAUAUGAAUUCUUUCUAAAAUUUAAAAUUACUGUGAUUUUAAUCGUACGUAUCUUGACCCGAAUAGGAUAAUUCACUGAUUUUCCCCACCUAAAUCUACACAUACUUUAAUUUAACUUGAUUAAAAAAACUAAUUAUAGUAUUUUUCAAUUACUUUUAAAGCGCCCUUAAAAUUUGAAUACCGUAAAACGGAGUCAAAAUGUGCCAGUUUUUCAGGUAUGUAUAAUGUUUCGAACAUAUUGCUGGCUAAAAUUUUAAUAUAUAGGUAGAAAUAUAACGCCUUAUAGUGACGCAUUUAGUUUUUUUUUUAACUUGAUAUUUUUAUGGCACGUUUGUAACUCAGAUUUUGGGGUGACUAUGUGCCCCAUCGGGUUUCAAUGCAUAUUUAAUAAAGAAAAAUCAGUAGCACAAUCUCACCUUUGCAUUUUCAAUCAAUAAAUAUAGGGCUAAAUAAAUUUACACAGUCCUGUAGUAAAACAUAUAUUUUAUGAACAAUUAUUAUACAAACUGCAACGAAUUUUAUUUUUCAAGAGUGACAUAAAUAAAAACCAAACUAAUCACAAACAUUAAGCACAAAAUAAAUCAAAUUUUAGUGAGGAAUACAAUCUAAUAGAUUUAGAGUAGUUAAGAUACUUCACGAUUAGAUAUUUGAUACGGCUUUUCUUUGAUUUUAUUAAUUUUUUGCUUAAUAUCAUCGUGGAAAUACCAAAUCACGCCUGGUUUUACGAGCCACUUCAAAUUACUCCCACAGUUUGUCAUUGAUGAAAUUAAAACUGCAUUUAUUUGUUACUUCUUCUACGAGGGUGGUCCCAGAAGUACCUGACCCAAGAAAGAAAACACGAAAAUUUUGGAAAAAAGUGUAUUUAUUUUUCAACAUAAUCUCCUUUCAGCUCUAUACACUUUUCCAGCGAUGUUUUAUAAGUUUGAUACCCUUUUUAUAAUAAGAACUGUCUUGCGCCUCGAAAUAGCCAUUGACUGCAGACAUCACUUCUUCAUCGUUGGAAAAUCUUUGACCACUGAGCCAGUUUUUUAAGUUUUGAAACAGAAAAGAAUCUGAGGGGGUUAAAUCUGGCGAAUAGGGUGCAUGAGGUAGCAAUUCAAACUUUAAUUCGUUAAUUUUGGCCAUCGCAAUAACGGAUUUGUGAGCUGGUGCAUUGUCUUGAUGAAACAAAACUUUCUUCUUAACCAAAUGUGGCCGUUUUUGCUUGAUUUCUUCGCUCAAACGUUGCAAUAAGUUCGCAUAAUACUCGCCGUUGAUAGUUUUACCUUUUUCAAGAUAGUUAAUGAAAAUUAUCUCUCGCGCAUCCCAAAAAACCGACGCCAUGACCUUGCCUGCAGAUGAAACGGUUUUCCCCUUCUUUGGAGCCGGUUCUCCCUUUUGAGUCCAUUGUUUUGAUUGUUCUUUUGUCUGAGGUGUGAAGUGAUGGACCCAUUUUUCAUCCCUGGUUAUGAAUCGACGUAUAAAUUCUGCUUUGUUGCUAUUAAAUUUCGCUAAACACUCAAUUGAAACAUCUUCACGACACUGAGAAAGCUGCGGCACCUAUCUUACACACAGCUUUCUCAUGUCAAAAUUUUCAGUUAAUAUGCGAUGUACCGCAAUUUUUGAAAUGCCUACUAUGUCCGCUAGCUCGCGCACUUUCAGUCGACGAUCAUCCAGUACCACUUUGUGAAUUUUCUUUAAAAUUUCUCGAGUCGUCAGCUCAUUUGGUCGACCACUGCGAUGCUGGUCUUGGCAGCUCGUACGGCCUCGUUUAAACUCUUUAUAGAUUGUAUACUUUCUAAUACACUGAUAUUUUCAAACUACUACCGACAUCUCUAGGUCAGGCCGGGUACUUCUGGGACCACCCUCGUACUUCACCUGGAUAGAGCUGAUGUUUGUAUAUAGUCACCAGUACUAGUACUAACCACAUUUUUCUGCACAUUCGUGGCAGGUAUUUCAAAUGCUAACAUACCUAUAUGAGAUUGUUCGCUCAAUUGAGGUGAAUAGGGACUUUCAUUGCUUUCUACAUAAGAAACAUGUACUUUGCUGUCAUUUUCGCUAUCAGAUUCGACAUGAAGUCUUGUAACCCUUUGAGAAAGAUUAGGUGAUUUAAGAGAAUGUCCUGAUGCAGUUGAAGAGCCAUGCAAGUUCACUGGUGUAUUAUUAUUAUCUUGAAGGUUGAUAUUGGAAGCUAUAAUACUUUUUCCUGAAGGAACGUUAAAUUACCUUCUUUUUUUGUUUGUUCUUUUAGGCGUGAUCGAAUGCCUCCUUAAAUAAGGGUUUUUAACAAACUUUUACCAAUCAGUGCUUUUACCGCAGAUGAGGGUUCAAUAGUAUACAUGGGCAUCUUUUGUAAUAUUUCAUGACGAUUUGCAGGAACAUUACAUUUACGGAACCCAGCUUUAAUAUUUUCAUGAUUAGAUACAACAUCCAAUAGUUUUUUUAAUAGUGUUGAAAAUUCAUCUUAAGGAACUGUCAUACAAGAACUAUUGCAAAUAUGUUCUUCCCAUUCACUUAAAAUUUACCGCCAGGCAAUUUUUACAGGUCUAAAAAUUGCUACAUCUAAUGGUUGUAUCAGGUGGGUAGCGUUUAGGGCCAAAACAAUAAAAUAAAUGUUAUUUUCAUUUCAAAGAUCUAUCACUUUCAUAUUUAUGUGAGAACUUUUUAUUCUUGUUUUUUUCAAAAUUGGGCGAAUUAGGUUCACGAACCAGUUUUCAAAACAAGUCAAACCAACCUGACUUUUUUCAGUUGUAGUGACAUUUCUCGGGGCCGUUUUCAUUCCAACUUUCCCACAUUUCUUCUGCUUUAUAAACAACGUAAACUAAUGCCAAUUUACCCGCUGCAUUUGGAAGAAUUCUUUAUAUUUUUGGGAUACUUUCAGCCUUGUUUAAUAAUAAAUUCAAAUAUCGCGUCAUCUACCAGAUAACUUUCAACAUAAUUUCAAAUAUUUGACAGGGGAACACCUUAAGUUCUUUUUCCAAAUAGUCAAAAAACUUAUUUACUACUUCCUCAUCAUCUCAACUGUAAAUAAUAUUUCUGGCUGAUCGAUUGGAAUUUUGCUGUGCGUGCCUCUUUACAAAAGAAUUGGCCCAUUCAAUACCAGAGAAAUUCUUUUUGAACUUCUCGACUGUCCUGCCUUGCUUAUCCAAAAAACUUAAGACUAAUUUUUUUGAAAAACAUAGACUGAUGACGUGCGCCACGAUAACAGAUUCUUCUUCCCCAGAGAAAAUAGUCUGCCGUCCGCUCUUCUUAAAUACUUGUUUUUUAAUUUGUACUAAGUACAUUUCGGUGAAUAUCAUAUUUCACAGUAGCGCCGUGACCAGAAAUUCUUUUUUUCUCUAAUUUCACUCAAAAUAAUAUGUUCCAGUGUCUCUGGACCAUAGUUUUUAUAAUACCUUGUUUUCUAACGACAUUCUGAAAUAAUAAAAAAACUUUCACCAGAUUGGUGCAAGAUAAAUAAGUUUUUCGAAAGUCGGAAAAAUAUGGGGUGAAAAUGUGCUACUGGAUGAUGUACUACUGGACACUAUCUCAUUCCACAAAUUUACGCUCUAAUGCCGUUAUCAAAGGAUUAUCAAGAUAAAUAUAUAGAUAAUCGAAAUUACUCACCUGAAUGUUUCAAUUUGUACCACAAACUUGUCACCACUAGAAAGUAUACUAAAUUUACGAAAACACGCGACCUUGGGCACGCAUGCUAAGUAGGUUAUAAGUAAUCAGACCAUUUACAAUAAAAUUCAACUUUGGCAUGUGUGCUGAAGUGGACAAAAUUGUUUGCAAGCUUCUUAUGUCGUGCCGAGUUAUGACAUGCGUAAUUAUUACCUUUCUGUUAUUUUGUGUUUGUUUUGAUUUCAUUUUGAGAAUUAUCCUGUUGUUUUGUUCCGUGAAUAGUGAACCAAGUUUCACGCUAACAAAACAAACUAUGGAUAAAGGACGCGUUAAAUUUGCUGCAUAUUACCUUGGCACUUUUGCUAUUAAAAGAAGAAUUAAUUUUCAUGGAUGAAGUGAAAGUGCCAAAGCCACCUAAUCCCCUGAUCAGUCUUAUUUAUAAAUAUAGGUACAUGAUUAUAUUAAGGCAAAAAUAACCUAGGAACGUAAUAAAACUUAACAUACUUAUAACCAAGAAUGGUUGAGGACUGAAGAUGAAAUCCAGAAAUGUAACAAACAAAAAAGUUAUCACGGAUAUUUAGUAUACUCCUAAUAAAUAUAAUAAAGUAGUUCAUUUAUCUGAGAGACCUUUUAAAUGUAUGACAUUUAUUUAUAGUUCCUCCAUUAAGACACCAGUAUUUGGUUCAAAAUAAUCAAACUUAUUAUAGUGGAUAUCUGUGUUUGCUCUAAUAUUUGUAUGUCAAUUGAAACAUCUAGCAGGACAUUAUCAACCUGCUUAAUUGACUCUUUUGAAGAAACUUAGAGUUUUUGCUUUUUUCUGGUAGUUAAUUCUGGUUUCUCGAUUCUCUCUAUAUUACACUAUAUUACAUACUUUCUUGAUGAGGAUUGACGAUCUGAGUAUCCUACACCUGGUACAUAUUCCAAUGCGUCAUCUAAAUUAUAAAAGUAUUAUUAACACUUUAACUGCCAUGUGUACACAUAUGGGACACAUGCAUUAGAAGGAUUCUCGGCCAUGUGUUCGUGGCUGGUACACAUCUAUUGUAUCUCUUGUAUAUUGUAUAUCGGGAAUAUCGAUGGGUCUGGCGUAGCAUUAUACUAUCAUAAAAUGGCCUGGACUUUUUUUAGUUUUUAGAGGUAUAGCAAAUAAUACAAUAAACUUGAGAUAAACAUUUAUGUUUUCAAUUUUUUAAAUGAAAAUUCACAGUACAUAGGCAAAAAUAACGUAUUUUUUUCAUUAAAAAAGUAACUAAAAACAUCUGUUAUGAAUUUUUUUUUUAGUUUUUUUUUGUGCAAACAUGAUUGGCAAAGAAACAGUCCAAACACAUAAAUGGGCUUCCUUCACAUCCAUUACAUACCUAAAUAAUUCUUUUGGUGUUCUUAACAGCAUAAUUUCUACCGUGUAGUUCGGAGUUUCUUUUGUAACAAGUCGUGCAUCUACCUCGUUUGUUAAGAGCAUUUUGAGUAAACUCAUGUUUUUGUUGAACUUGUACGGGAAGGGGUGGUUUAUUCGUCUGUAAAAGUUGCAGGCAGAGAUUCUCUUUGAAUUUUGUAACCGAAAUUUUAUUUUGGUUGAUUGAAUUAAAAAUAAUCAAAGAGUUCACCACUGAAGUGCCAGUUAUCAACUCAAAUGCCACCUUCCUGUACCAUUUGACGGACUUUCGUAAUGAGUUUGAGUAAGCUGUCAUCUGAUCUGACGUAUCCACAAAUGAUUUAACAUUAUUAUACUCGAUAAUCGCGGCUGGUUUUCUUUUGGGGCCUUGUCUAUGCGUUACCUCUACCAUAUUAUCUUUAUGUUUUGUCGACAAAAAAAGCACCUCUCUUUUGUCUUGCUAUUUCAUAACUACUACUUUAUUUUUUUGUUUGGCGACGAUCUCCCUCUUUUCGAGCUUGACUUCCACGACAUCUUUAGGAAGACGACGACAUCUUUUUUUUCGAUUCUUGCGCAAUGUUCCUAUAAGAUGAGUGGAUCAAGUUUGCAAAUUUUCAGCUAAGUUAACUGAUGUAUACCAGUUAUCCGACACAAGUGUUCUUCCUUCAUCUAAUAAGGGUUCAAUCAUUUCCAUAACUAUCUUUUCCGCAACCGGUUGUCCAUUAAUUUUUUCUUUGCCGCAAUAUAUUUUUACCUUAUUUGUCCCCUGCAAACAAAUUUUAAAAAGUUUUAUUCCAAACUUGUGACGCUUUCCUUUUAUGUAUUGUCUAAAGGACAGCUUGCCUCUAAACGGAAUCAUCGUCUCAUCAAUGCAGACACACGACUCCGGAACCAUACAACGAUAAAAAUUAGCGUUCAUUUUAUCAACAAGACUUUGAACCUUGUAAAGUCUGUCAUUUUCAGGACACUCGUCAUUGUUUGCUAAGUGAAACAUUCGUAAAAGUAAUUCAAAUCGAUUUCGGGGCAUAUAAUUGGAAAUUUCACUUUUAUAUAAUGGACUUCUGCGCCAGUAAUCAGGUAAUGACGGCUUUGAAUCGAGUCCCAUCCAAAUAAGAAACGGUAUGAAUGUACGAAUUUCAUUGUAAUUAGUGUCUUUCCAUGAAUUUAGACGAGAAUCUUUCGUAAUCGUUUCGUUUAUUAUUCCGCUAAGAAUUUGUUGCUCUGCGUAAAUAUUUGUUUGAGUCACAAUCAUAUUUAUCACAUCUUCAGAGACAAACAUUUCAAAAAAUGACAAUUCAUUUUUACCUGCCAUUUCAUUUUUCAAAUAUUCAGGAAUGCCAAGAUUAUAAGGAAGUUCAAAAGUUACAAAAUUUCCUGUAACUGGUCCCCAAACUGUGGCUUGAGAGGUGUUUUCUUCUGGUUCGACUGUAUCUGUCAAGAAAUUCGGAUCCUGUUUCAAAGAGCUAUCUGAUUCGUCCUUCAUUGCCAUAUGUCCCUGUUCACAAGACGGACCUGCAGAUGUAUUAAAUUUAGGUAUAUCUGUUGGAAGCUUUAUUUUUCCUAAAAUAAAAAUAAAAAAAAUAAAUACACUUUCAUAAAAGUGUUCUGUUUGCACGAUAAAGGUUUAUAAUUGGAUGUUGAUUUACUCGCGCACGCCGCACCUAUAUCUUCAUGUGCAGGGUCAAAAUUAGAGGUAUACAUUUUUCGUACAUUCGCUGUCGGUGUUACGUUUUCUAAAAGUAGUUCUAAAAAACGUAGCCUUCGGCAGUCCGCAACAAACUGAAUCCAAUGAAACCUCUGCUCCGCUGCUUAUGCUCCGCGCUUGAACUAUAUUCGACGUCAUUUUUGUCCUUGAGUGUCCAUAUAUUGUACGCAUGGCCAGUGACUAGGCAUUAGUAGAAAUAUCGUUAUGCUAGGCCUUGUGUACCAUAUGUGGACACGGCAUUUUUUACACAAAAAAUAAAAAAAACACAUUUUGUUUCAUGAUUUUUACUUAAAAUAAAUAGAAAUAAAGUGUUUGAGACAAAAAAAAUAUUUUGGCCAACGAGACCCGGUACAUUUUUUUUCUCAAAAUCGUGGCAGUUAAAGUGUUAAGUUGUAAGUACAAAUUCACUUGUAGUAUGCAAAGACCCUGCAACAGAAGCUCCACAGUUUUAGUAUAAGGGAGCUGCCUUAUCAUAAAGAGGCCUGUAAUUUAAAACACAUUGGAGCAAAAACUGAACAUUAAAUUCUCACUGCUGAUUAUGUAAUUAAAUUUUUUUACUACGUGGAAAUACAAUAAAAAUACAAGCAAAUAUAUUGACAAAAUAAUAAUAAAAAUCAAAAUCGGUGAAUCACCGAAAACAUAACUACAGCGCACGUGCCAUAUGUUCAGACCUUAAAUUUACCUAUUGUGAACGGCUGUUAGUAUGUCGAAUUUAAACUUGACGUCGAACUUGGCCCGCGGAUUGAUUAUGAAUGCAUCUCUUAACAAAUAGCGAGUGCCACAAAGUUUGGCAUUACGCAAUAAGAUGACCAAACUAGUAAAGGCAUCAUAGUAAAGGCUGGUUUACAUGAUAGAAUCAUCUCGAGCGCAAAAAUUUAAAAUAUAUGUGGGAAGACACAGUGGCACAUUUUCACCUAUGCAGGCACAUUUUAACCCCGUUCUCCGGUAUUAGUAUCUUGCCACAUCCUGCAAAUGAUAAAGCGGAGUAAGGUUACAUAUUUUCUCACAUCAAAUUUUUAAUUUCUAGUAGGUAGGUACAGCGGUAAAAGUAAUGAUAUAAUAAAAUUUGUGAUUUUUGUUAUUAGUGUCGCUAUUGUGAAGAUCGUUUGAUACACGUAUAUUUGUCAUAAAUGUUGAGCUCAUUUUUCGUAUGAAACGCUGCUAUUCAGAUUGGUUUUUAAAAGUGAGUUUUAGUUAAGUUGUUGGUUAUCUGAAUGUAAGAUAACCUUUUGUGACAUAAUUUUACCAAAAUAAAAUAUAGAAUAACAUAUUAUUGACAAAAAUGGAAUCAGACAUAUUUGCGCAAAUUUGUAUCAAGCGGUUUUAAUAGGUCCUAACGUCUAGUACUGCAGGGUAAUUUGUUGUAUAUUAAUAUAAAAAAAAAUAAAUUAGUUAUUAGUAAUGUUUGUUAUUUAAUAAAAAUGGCAAAUUUAAAGUUGUAAAAUAUUUUACAAUAAUUAUUAAAUUCAGUUCGUUCUUAAUGCAAAAUAGAAUAUAUUUUAAUUAAGAUGAAAUAGGAUGCUUUGUAAAACUACAAACAUACCUAAAUUAAAACACUUAUUUUUGCUUAAA